UUUUUUUUUUUUUUUUUGCAUCCAGUGCUUAAAACUCAGUUUUGAAUUUCUUGCUCUUUAGGUUAUGUGCUGAACAAAAAGCAGUCCGUGUGAGGCCCACAGUAUCCUGUAUCACAGACCAUGACUUUCUUACCUUUAUUAUGGGAUUAUAUUUCCUCUGGAUCCAGAUGUAAAACUGCUCACGCUAUGAAAUAUUGUGUGUUUAAACUAUGGGAAACAUUUCUGCAUUUAAAAAAAUGCUUGCAGUUAUUUUGUUCAUGCAGGUUAAGUGCAGCAGCCCAGCUUUUUGGAAACCAGCAGUGUCCUUCGACUGAAGUUUGUCACAUCUGCUUCAAGGAUGCAGCUUGUCAUUUCUGACAUGAGGUUUCACUGUACUCUCUGCAAUAUCAUCAGACAAAGUACCUCCCUGUAGUACUUUAACCUUUAAAAACAUUUAUUAGAACUGUUUAAAUUCCUCUGCUUUAAAUAUGACCUGUGUCUAAUAUAGUAGAGGCAGCCAUGCUGCCUUUUAAUGCUUUCUAAUGUGCUGGUCAUUUACAGCUUUCCCAAACCAGCAGCAGAUUCCUCUGCUGAAGAUCCCAGAACACUGAACAAAUCUGACUCUUUUACACCAUUGCAACUUCCAUAAAUUUAAUUGUCAGCCUGUUGAUGGUAAAGGCCCUGUUCCAUAUUUAAUAUUAACAGAAGAUGCACAGUUUCUGUACAAGUGCUUGUUUCACCACUAAACAGCAUUGACAGCUUCUCACCUCCGCCAGGGAGCCUGCAGCUUCAACGUGCUCCUUCUGUGCUCCGGUGUCUUGAAAAGCAUCAUACACCUUAACAGUUUAUGUAGAGAUUAAUUGCUUUUGGAGAACAAAACUGCAAUAACUUGCCUAUGAAUUGUCAAGAUUCUGCUUUAAGGUAUUUUUUUUUUUUUGCUCUUGGUAAACAUCUUAAAUAGGAGAACUUCAGGAGGGCUGUAUUAAGCUUUACUACGUGUGCUUUCAAUCUAUAACCAGACACUAAGCUUGUGGACUUGCAAACUAAUAGAUGCACCGUUGAAAUCUUUAAAUAGUAUGGCUUCUGACAUUCCUUUAAAAAAAAAAAUUAAAAAACCUGACGUAAUUAUAUGAUUACAAUAUAUUAAUUUUUUGGCACCUCAAAUGCCAAAUUAAUUUGACUUCACUAGCAUAACUUUGAUACACCUUUUUUUGUUUUAUUGGACAAAGUUCCCUAAAGUUUUGAAUGCUGUAUAAUCUGUUUUUAUACUUCACUAGUUUUGCUGUGGUUUUCUUUUAGGAUAAAACCCAUUCCAGUGACUCCUACUGCUGACAUGGGUGAUAAAUCAAUGCAUUUUUGAAUACUAUAUUCAACUGAACACAGAAUGAGGUUCUGUUCUGUGGCACACUUGCUAAUUUUAUCCAGAGUUACUGAGCAAGUCUUAGUUCUUGUACAAUAGUGUCUAAUACUAUUUUUUUUUCCCAGUUCAAGGUCACAUUCUUGAUUCAGUUCAAGCAAAUGCAUGUUCAUUAUUGGGAGCAGAUAGGAAUUCAGUGCUGGCACACAAUGAUGCCUCAUGCAGAUGAUAAAUAAAAACACGACUACAAGCCUACUUACAAGGUGUGUAACUGCUGAUGCUUGAAGGGAACAUGGUCCCCAGCCCCUGUAGGGCAGGAACACACUCCUUGCUUCAGAAGGAGACACGUCAAGGUAAAUCAGUAUUGUGAAGUUAAGUGCAAUUUCAAGGGAUGUGACUUACUGGCAAGUUGUCACCAAUAAAGCUAGUCAUCUCUCUUAAGAGACAUGACAUUAAGAGACAUUACCAUAGCAACUCUUUCAAUUCUGCUGCACUCCUGUGUCAUAAGAUCAGUGAUAGCCAGCUUCUGAGCUGGGCUUUGGCACAGCUGCUGUUAACUUUAGGCUCCUGCUAUUGCUGCUGCGGUGGGCCCACCCCUUGCUAGGCCGAGCUCCUUAGCACCAUGGUGAGUUGUGCAGCCCAACCCCUGCCCUUAGGGUCCCUACGCUGAGGAGCAGCCCCCCUUGUGUCCCCAUCUCCUGCUGCCAACCCCCAGCCAAGGUAGGGCUUUGCCUGCCCCUCCACGGUGACGGUGACGUGCCUGGCCCCUCUCCUCCCGCAGCAGUGAACCCUGCACAGCCCAGGUCGGCAGAGGGAAGACGGGUAACCUCGAACGCUGCUGGGUCCUAGGGCCUUUAGGUGGACAAGAGUGACAUCUUUCUGGCAGUGGUGGGAUGUGGCACGGUCAGAAGGUUUCUGUGGUCACACACAAAACAACCUUGUUCAAUUAGACCUCUUUCUAGUAUCUUAAAGCAUAGGAAGAACUGUAUGUUUUUGAAGAAGUGACUCGGUGUGUUAGAUGUAUUAAACCUAGACUUCUCUCUCCACUUUGAUUCAGAGAAGAAUCUGUUCCAAUUUUUCUAAAUGUUUUUCUCUCCCUGUGCCCCUCUUCCUCCUUCCCCCUACCAAACUACAAAGCUUUGGGACAGUUGUUGAUGUUUAUACAUUUUACACCUAAGUAUACGGACAUGAAACUAUGUAUAUUCAUUAUAUUCAAGCAACUGCAAAUAAAUGUCUGCUGUUUAAAGCCAACAGAACAGUGUAAGUUUUAAGUUCAGUAAGUAUUGUAUAGAGAUAUCUUAAGUUCAGUUGAUGACAAUUGUGCAUAAAAUGUUAACGAUGCUGUAAAUUAUUUUUAAUAAAGAAAAUUAUAUCACAGUUCUUGUAUGUUAUAAUCUAUUUUGAAUAGAUAGUAUGGAAUAUGCUUAAAAUGGUAAUGUAAGCAUGUAUGAAAGGGUGGGGUGAAUAAGGAAAAGGGUAUAAUUAUGCAUGUUUUGUUUUCUCCUUAGGAGUCUCUCACGUGUGGGCUUCCAAAGCACGAGUACGUGGUUUAGAGAGAGGUUUUCUGUGUUGGCUGAGCUCCAGAUACUGGUCUGGGUAUUACAACUAUAGCAAACGCUUUCUCAAUAACCUUUUUUUUUUUUUUUCUUUCAGCAAGCUGUUGACAGAGGUUACAUUUAUGGCACAUAGAGCUAACAGAUAUGACAAGAUUUUUCAAAGGCGAUUUGGGGGUGUCUGACACUGACAUUCCCUGAAGAGGCUUUCAGAAGAGGUGUUACUAGACUUGCACCCAGCACAGAGACACUAAAUUGUUCAAGUUUUAUCUUUCUUACAGAUAAGAGAGGCCAAAGUACAACCUCAGCCCUCUGCCUUGCCUCCCAAACGCUGCGUGCUGGGCCGGCAGGAGAAGCGAGGAGGUCGAUAGGUGUUCAGGGUUGGCACUGCUGUCUGGAAACUAAGGCAGACUAACGAGGCCUGGACAAGCGUUCCCAACCUGAAGUGCAGCACGGUCUAAGGGACAUCCUGACAGAGGCGCCUCGGACGUGAAUUAAAAACUUCCUGGACCAGGGAGUCAGCAGCUCUCUUCCUUAGGAAAUCAUUCCUUGUUGGCAACAUACCAGAGACAUGACGUCUUCCGGAAAUGACUGUAAACCCCAGACGUUGACCAAACCGGCACUGGGUGAAAAAGAAGUGAUGGAGUUGGUUGACAGGGUGUUUGGAUUACAGGUGUCUUGGAUCAGGCCGCUCCCCAGCUACGAUGAUCAGAAUUUCCACGUGCGUGUCUCAAGAAACAAAGGUGGGGCUGAAGGUGCUGACGAGUAUGUCCUCAAAAUCACCAACUCGGAAGACAGCCAGGAGCCUGACCUGAUUGAAGUGCAGACCCAGGCCAUGAUGUUUCUCAGCGCUGAAGGCUUUCCUUCAGCUACGCCUUAUCUUACAAAAGAUGGUAACAUCAUGUCUCUGGAGUCAGGAGGUACUGGACCUGGGAACAAAAAGUACAUGGUCAGGCUGCUGACUUACCUGCCAGGUGUGCCCGUAGCAAAAAUUGCUGCGAAUGCGCAGAUUCUGUACGAGAUCGGUAAGCUGGCUGCCGGCCUGGAUAAAGCCCUCUCAGAGAAAUUCCAUCAUCCAUCAGUAAAAAGCCUGCAUCGAGGUCAGUUCAUUUGGAACCUGGCAAACGUUCCCCUUCUAGAUCAGUACAUUUAUGCCUUGGGCCAGAACAAAUACCGUGAAGUUGUGGAACAAGUCAUUGAGCAGUUCAAAGGGAAAGUCAUACCCAAGCUAAGCAGUUUUCGAGCCUGUAUCAAUCAUGGAGAUCUAAACGACCACAACAUUCUAGUCGACUCCAGUUCUGCUUCCCUGGAGAAUCCUCAGUACAGAGUGUCGGGCAUCCUGGAUUUUGGUGACAUGAGUUAUGGGUACUAUGUAUUUGAAGUCGCAAUAGCUAUCAUGUACAUGAUGAUUGAGAGCACAGAUCCCCUGAGCGUGGGAGGGCAUGUUCUGGCAGGGUUUGAAAGUGUGGUGCCCCUCACAGAGGAGGAGAGAGGUGCCCUCUUCCUCUUGGUGAGCGGGAGGUUUUCCCAGUCCCUCGUCAUAGCAGCCCACACGGCUCUGCUGUACCCAGAGAACAAGGAAUACCUCAUGAUCACGGCCAAAACCGGAUGGAAACACUUAAUGACAAUGUUUGAGGUGGGCCAGGAAGCUGUAGAGAAGAGGUGGUUUGAGACUGCUGAAGCAUAUACCAGCCGUGCCCCUGCCCAGCAGAUGGGCGGCUGCUGAGGUACUGGCACGGUGACACCUUACCCUGUUGCAAUAAAGGCGACGCUGCCUGCCCCGGA